AUGGCUGAACAGAGCCAGCUGUUGGACCCAGUGUCUCGCCAAGAGCUGGUAGAGAACAUAGCGGCCCAUAUUGGCAAAUGGUUGAACGCUGAACGUGUGUACAAAUGGAAUAGAAUAUCUGUCGUCGGAUCAAAACUGGCAAGAUUUUGCUGCUUGUUUUGUAGCAAACGAAAUGGAACCUACCUCUCCGGAUUAUCUACAGCCGUAAAACUUAUGUAUGUUGCUAAUGUCAUUGGGCAGAUCUUUCUCUUGAACGCUUUUAUGGCUAUGGAUUAUUCAGUAUACGGUUUUGAUAUACUGGGAGGAUUACAGACAAACCAGGCCUGGAAACAGAGCCCAAGGUUUCCCCUGGUCACGUUUUGUGAUUUUGAAAUCCGACAACUACAGAACAUUCAACGCUGGACAUUGCAGUGCGUUCUUCCCAUUAACCUUUUUAAUGAGAAGGUGUUCAUCUUUCUGUGGUUCUGGCUGUUCUUGAUGGUCAUAUUGUCUAUCUACAACCUCGUCAGCUGGUGUUUCAUCGUCAUGCAAAAGAGGCACUGCUACCUGUACGUCAGGAAGUAUCUGAAAAUCACUUGUCAGAUACAGAGCGACUUUGACGACAAGUUGUGUCGCCGGUUCGCCGAUCACUAUUUCCGGGACGACGGGGUGUUCGUACUGCGCAUUAUCUCAAAUAACGCGAUGGACCUGGUGACCACUGACCUCGUGAAUUACCUGUGGCAAAAUUUCCAGAACAAAGGCAUUAGGAAAGCCAAAACGGUGGCGGAAAACGAGAUGGACAACGCUAGCCAUGUUGCUAAUAGUAACCCUUAUUCUGAGUAA